CGGCAUAGGUUCAACGAACGUGACUUGACGUGCGAGCGUUUAUGUCCUUAGAGAUUAUCGUGGCCAUAUCGUGGCAGAGCUUCUGAGAGCUAUGUGGUACAUGGGCAUAGGGGUGGGCCUGUUCCGCCAGCCUCCAACAGCCGUUCUCUCUCUCUAGGACCGAAUUUAGCGGGUCGCGCGCUGCAGUUUUCCACUGGCUGACGACAGCCUCGUGAAGCCGCAUUACUCAGUGAGACCGCUCGCGAAGGCCUUAAAUCUCGCGUCCACACAGAGGACGGACGACCAUGGCACCGAUAUUCAAUACCCUGUUCCGGCACCGUGGUCUUUACUUCAGUAACUACCAAGCCGCCCCCAGCUUCCGGGACAUCGCCGGCUACGAUCUCAUGCUCACCAUCCCGCGAGAGUCCGCCCCGUUCGAAACAUGGCUCCAAAGCAAGCGCAAGGAGCUCGACGAUCGCCUCGGGACGUCGGGCGUCGCGAAACGGCUGCCGUACGGCGGGAACUACAGCCAAAGCGAGCAGAUGAUCACGGAGACACGUCCCGACUUUGGGCGGACGUGUAUGGAUUGGACGUACGAGCUCGACCUUGACACGCUCGUGUUCUCCUUCAUGGCUGAGCCUAUGUUCCGUCUGGAUCGGAUACCACCCCCAGAUGAGUGCGAACGAUACAUCACGCAGGACCAUUACGGCCUCUGGGCGUGUUCCCCCGACGUACCAGAGGAUUAUAGCUACCGCACGAAGUGGAUACCAAUGCCCGACCAGCUACAUAGCGCACCUGUCAAUAUACAGAUGAACGUCCCCUUGGACGACCUCGUGGGGCCGUGCGUGGAUCGACCAGACAGCGAGCGUGUCUGCACACGGCUUUACGAAGUCAUCAUCGGGCAGUUUUUUCGCGAAUAUCAUCACGGCUUCCAACAAUGCUCGCGUCCCGGGGCAGACGACGACAGUGAAGACGCCGAGCAGCUCAGGACGAUGCUGUUGUCCCUCCUCUGGCCGGCCAUGACAACCAUGAUCUACAAAUCGGAGAGUCAGUACAAAAUCGAAGCGGGACGUAGCAGGGAGCGGCGGUGGCCUAGUAAUGACCUCUUCUUCCAGGUUUGCGUCGGCAUACGGUCGGAGGCCUCCUUGCGUUCUGUAGCAAUGAAGCUACUGAGCGAAGACAUAGAUGAUGCGGAGAGCGACAGAGCAAUUGGAGUUCUCUUCUCCGGGGAGCACCUCGCGAUUGUGUGCUUCGACGGGCUUCAGGACGCCUCGCCAGAGUCGCGCACUGCGUCGUGCUCACCCCUCCUGCGAUUCCUCCCCGACCGUUUCGGGACGAGUCCGUCAACUCCUGGGAUCAACGCGCUCGUCCGUCUAGGGCAAUCUCCAUGCGCAUGGCUAGACUAUUCCAUUCUCUACCGGCUCCUGACAGACAUCGACCCGGCUGCACAGGUCCCAGGGCCUCUCCACUCGUUCCCUCCCCCACCCGGUGGCGGGCCGCUCAUGAACUUACCACACGAACUGUUGUCGCAAAUCGUUGACCAUCUCGACGACAAUGACCUGCUCAACUUCGCCGCCGUCUCAGAGCAGACAAAUAUAGCCGUCCGCGCAUGCCGGCGCAUCCGGUAUCCGGUCAUCGACCGUCGCCACAGGCUGGUCAAGGUGCGGCCUCUGCGCUUCCAGCCGCAGGUGCUCCCAAACGGCGCCGUCCUGCGGGCGGAGGAGUUCCACGAGCUGGUUGCAGCGGCGUUCGUGACCGAGGACGACAAGGUGCUCUUGCUAGGGUUCAACCCGGCGGAUUACGCGCUGUACCUCAUGAUCAGUUGGACAAAGUGCUGGGGCUCGGGAACGUUGACCAUGCCAUACGUACUGGGAAGACAGAUCCGCAUCCCGUACGUUGUCCUCGACAAAGACGUGGUGGUGGACCUGGAGAACGACGCGACGACGGACGACCUCUUGGGACGCAUAAGCAGACGGGGGACGCGGAUCAUGGAUCAGUACUAUCAGUACCGCCGCGGCGCAGAGCAUCCUGCAGAGGAUGACGACCUCUAACUUGCAACAACACCGUGGAAACCACGAAAAAAAUCGAUCCGAUACAAGUCUGCAAGCAUCGAUGUACCAACCUUCAAACUGAAAUGACACGGACUACUAACGACAGCCAUUCAUACCGUAUUUCUCAUCCUCAUGCACAUCAAGUCAUGCCUCCGUGUACGUUCCCUCGAUUAGGAACGCUCGAAUUCUAGACGGUUAUCUGUUG